AUGGCCAGCGCUUUCACCAGGCUCUUUUCCCCUUCCCAUCGCAAGAGGGCUUCCAACACCUCGUCUUCACGUCGCCAGGAUUCUACCCGUCCACGCUUUCCUACCUCGUCCACCUUCGAUCUCCGCCACUCCAUCCCAGAAGAGGCAUCUCCGGCCACCGAGUCAACCUUCCCAGGUCUACCUGAACCCACAAAGCUUACUGUCCAGCACCUCAACGACUACGUCUCUGCCCCCAUCACCGAUGCCACUCUGCGUCGACGAUCUCUGGCCAUCGAUGCCAGCCACUCUCACUUGAACGACACCUCGCGACCACGUCUGCCUCGCUCCUUCAGCGCGCUCGACAUCACUUCUCCAAGCAUCGACAUAAACAACACUUCCGCUUCUUCGGCUCGCGAUUCGCCCGAGUCUACUUCUGCCCCUCCAGUUGACGACGAUGACGACUUCGAUUCCAAUCCACUUUAUCUUCAGCUUUCGCAACAUCCAGAGCUGUCCAAUGACUGGAACAUCGCAAGCCUCGCUGUGAUUCCCCUGGCUCGCACACUCACCCAACAUGGUGGAGUCUGCUCAGACGAUCUGCAAGACCUCCAAUUUGUUGCCCUACACGCCUUUGCUCCUUCCAAGCUGUACAAGCAUCAGUUCGUCUCCGUUCGAUCCUUGAAGCAUCCAUCUAGCUUGCAUACACAACCGCAAAGCCGCCGAGAUCCAUACGACUGGAAUCACGUCACACUCACUGCCACCAUAGAAUCCGAUCAACGAUCCGUCAGCAUCACAGAGACCCUACAUGCACCGAUUUCAAAAGAGGAUCGAUCGUCGACCGGUUCGACCUCCAAUAUUGCAUCUACAGUCAAGAGGAAAGUCGCCAUUGUAGCCGAGACGACCAUCUACCGCACCGUUCCAGCGGCUGCUCCCGUCGUCGCUGCCUCUAAUCAGUCCGGCUUCGAGGUCGCAAGUCGAGCUCAUAUUUCUUCCACGGAGACGCCCGCGCCCAGUACAAAAGUGCGUGUCAUCUCCGUCAAUCUGCCCAUCGUUCAUCGUCGGACCCACAGCCCUGGCACCUCGGAUCUACAACACACCUCUUGGAAAGACAUUUCACGCUCUGCCGAGCCCAUAGAGGGCGAUGACGAUGUCGAUACUUCCAUCUCGCCUCUCAUCCUCGAUCACAUCACACCAGAACGCCUAUUCGCUACAGAUCUUGUUCUCUUGGCCAGUCCGACAACCACGUCGAGUCGCCUUGCCGAAGCGCUCACCAACGCAUUUCAGAUGCUCUUCUCAGCAGCGCACCAGUUUGCCGCCUCAUUCGUCUACGUAAAAGGCUUUGACAGCUACAAUGCUCACCGCAUCCGCCGCGGCAUCUGGUUCAAAGCCUGGAAAGCAUUCGAAGAGCGUCUUGGCUCUGAACACAUCGCACGUCUCAGUGUCGAGGCCUUCCACCGCAUCAAGUCGCUUCUCGAAAAUGUCGUCAUGGGUCUCGUUCACACCAAAAUGUACGGCCCCAUUCAAGACCAACUCCUGGAUGCCGACCUCGUCGCCGACGAAGUGCUCAGUGCAUACAAUGCAUUCAACGUGACUCUUUCCGACUUUGACGUCCAAAACCUGGCCUUGAGGCAGCGGCCAUCUCGACUCGAAGCUGCAAUCGACAUUCUCUCCCAGGGCCUGAACGAGGAGGGCGGACCAGAGCUAGACGAAGCUCUCUCUGUUGGCGACGUCGCGAUGCUAAGAGAGAUGUUGCAUCAGAGCGCUUCUUUGGCUCCUCGCUCAGCGCAGUCCGGCGUAUCGGACCGCACCCGGAACGAGUUGGGUCUUGCGACGCCGCCUCUGCAUCGUGCAAACGAUGGGACCGCUCGAAGCGAGCUUCAUCGGCGCACUCCGCUUCAGAUCUUGCAGACUCUCCGAGCUACAAUCGACGAGAUCGGCCGCGCAGCCGAGCGACUUCAUACCUCUUCCAGCCGAGGCGCAUCCUCUGCACAUGAAAGGCCUCCACCACUCGGCACCGACGAUUUGUUGCCGAUCCUAAGCUACGUCUUUGUGCGUGCGAGGCCGAGUCGACUAAUCAGCAUGCUCUACUACGCACGUACCUUCCAGCUCACCGACACCGCCACCUCGCCCGAUCUGCAAUGGGCUCUCGUCACAUGCGAUGCCGUCAUCACUUACCUUAGGAGCGACCCGCUUCGACUGUGCCGGCGCAGAUCGAGCAGCAGCAUCGUUGUUGAUGGCGUUCGCAGGGGAUCGCACGUGCAGUCGGGCUCUUCUAGCGUCAUCGAUGGACUUCCUGUUCGAUCGUUUUCAUCCCGUUCUCAUCAGGGGCCAGCUGUAUCGUCUUCGAUGCAAGCCACGAUGCUCAUGGUACGCUCUCCUUCAGCAAACGACGGCAAUGGUAUUGCUGCAGCUACACCGCCUCACUCGCCGCUCUCGCCAAGCUUUGCCAUUGACACAUCGACAGAACAUCUUUCUGCAAGCGAGAGCAACUCAUACUUCUUCCGCCAUGGUGACGCGUCCUCAGAGCAUGUUGCGUACGCAACGUCUGAAGCUAGCCCGAGAUUACAGGCGGAAGGCUUCAAGCUGCCUGGUUUGCCUGCGAGCGUAUCCUCGCGCCGAAACAGUCGCAUCUUACAACCGCGGCCCACCUCGGUGUUUUCGCUGAGCGAAGACGGGGACACCAACAGUCUGUUGCAGGACACGUCACUGGAUGCGCAUGAAAGGCGGUCGUCGCUGGCGGCCUCUCAAAGCCCGAGUCGUCGUCUACCUAUGCGCGAGCGAACCUUUUCGUCUUCUUCCAGCUCGACUACGCACAACGACGUGCAGAUCAGGCCACAGAUUGUGCGCACCAUCAAGAGAUCGCAGACUGGUAAUCUGUACACGGGGAGCCGACUCGAGCGGACGAGUAGUAACGGCAGCACGUCGAGUAAUAGCCGUGUCCACGUUCGUGUGGUUGGGUCGCCGUCGACGCGAGCUGUCGAGAGCCACUCGGGCAGCAGUACGGUGUUUGCCAACGGGGCCGCUUCCACGACGAAAGCGGACAGACGGCGUAGCUUUGACUCGUGGACUGCCUUUUCGCUCUUUUCGUCGAGUGGUGCUCCGAGUGGCGCAGCCGAUUCGAAUCGAUCAGAGAUCAUUCGGAGAGAACCGGAUCAUGCGACAGACACGUCGGCGGGUCCGGCUGCUUCGUCGGGUUGGUCUCAUUGGAAGGUCGAGUCGCGCAGUACAAGUCGACGCUAUUCUAUGUCGACCGGCAAUACGCCUUCAGCUUCGGCAGUAGAUUGGCGCACUGUAGUCGACAAUGCUGAAUCGGACAGCAAAAAUUGUCAGCCCGAGGGCGUAGAAGCGCCGCUGCCUGCAGCAUACGAAGAUAUCAGGAUGCAGCGCACGCCGUCUGCUCGAUCCAACACGUCUUCGCAAGCAUCUGGCUCCGAUUUUGGAGGUGGUCUGCAGUGGCCUGCUGCUCCGGAGGCGGCGACGAUGAAAGGGUCCAUCUCGAGUCUUCCUGGAACAAUCCGUGCCUCUCAGCGGAGGUAUCGGGGGAGGUUCCUGAGCACAUCAUCGGUCGGAGCGCCAUUGCCGCCAAAGAUCGAUUGGAGCAGUAUGUCCGCUGCGGAUCUUGCCAGGCCUCAGAGGAGCCAUAGACAGAGCAUUGGGUCACUGAACGCUAUCCGUGCCUCGAUGGACGUCAGUGCGACGGGUGCACAGCCUCAGCAGGCCAUGUCGAAGCCUACCUGGUCGCAGGAGGAUGACGGGGGUGGUGUUCCGGAGAUGAUUCCUUAUGGAGUGGAUGAGAGAGGAGGCUUGAGUGAGGAGGCGGUGACGACGCAGGCAGGCCCGAGCGGAGAGGCGAUUAGGACGAGCCCGUCGGUGGGGCUGGUGCCGCUGUUUGCCCUCCUCCAUCUGCCGAGUCCUGUCGUUGAGGGGCGGGAUCCAUUGGAAGGUUCGACGGAUAAUGUGGAGGCGAUGUCGACCGUCUCGACACCUGUUCCGGCGUUUGCUGAAUGA